AUGGCUGCCAUGGAGGAGUUGGAGAUCCACAGCAAGUCCUAUUUUGUCCGCUGGGUUGCGGUCAAGUCAUGUCACACCAUAUCCUGGAGCAUUCAACCACACAAAAAAUCGAUUAACUUUGGCAUCUUCAAACACCCCGGCAACUCCGCCUUGUUGGGCUCGAACACAAAUCUCCCCACGAUCGCCGACACUCCCGGCUCUGAAUCCCCCGACCCGAUAGCUGCCAGCACCGGCGGGCGCGCCAAUGGCUCCAUAAUUGAGCGCUUGACCGGCAUGGGCCUGAAGCAGAUCCAGUGGCUUGGGAAAUGCGAGGCUGAACGCAUUGUUCGCGGCACUUAUGAUGUUCCUGCGAAUGAAGGAGGAAACUACGGCCUUGUAUUCGACAAUACCUUCUCGAAACAGAUCUCGAAGACCGUGACCCUUGCCCUACUCACCUACCCAACGGCUCUACCGCCCCAGUCAGUUCCAAUCCCUCACGCAGCCAGUCAACCGCAGCAGGGCAUCGCCGAAACUCCAACGACUACCGAGGCUGGGAAGCCCCUGCCGUCGCGCCGCCGGGGCAACAGCAUGCUGCCGCCUCCUCCACCCUCUCGACUCAGCGAGAUUGACGCAGCUCAGACCUACACGGGAUUGCUGCAGAAGCGGAGACGCAAGCGACACCAGGGAUGGGCGCGCCGCUUCUUUUCGCUCGACUUCACCUCAUCCACUCUCUCCUAUUACCACGACCGGAACUCGUCCGCCCUGCGCGGCUCCAUUCCUCUCAACCUGGCCGCGGUCGCCUGCAAUCAGCAGUCUCGCGAAAUUUCAAUUGACUCGGGUACUGAAGUUUGGCAUCUACGCGCCGGCAAUGAUCAAGAGUUCGCUGCCUGGAAGCGUGCAUUGGAACGAGCGUCUUCUUCGAAGAGCUCAGCCGAAGACCCCAACCACCCCUCGGAGCCGCUGUUGCGCGUCCCCUCUCAGCGCAUGCAAGCCACUGUGUCUGAUGAGAGAGACUGGGAGCAAGUCGAAAAUUUGGUCAGCAAGGUAUCCGGCACACGCGAUGCCGUCCGGCGCCUAGCUAAGGAUACCGACCCCAAAUAUCUCGGUACGGAUCGGCCCCGCGGCCGCUCUCCGAGCCCUCACCGUACCCCGACCGACAUGAGUGGGGAAGAGCCCACUGACGGCCGACGUCCCUUCUGGAGGCGCAAGAGCAGUGCCACGGUUCAACCCACCGUCAAGCGCAGCACCACCAUGAAUUCCAUGUCCUCGCAGCUGGCCAUUCCGGGGGCCUUUGAUUCAUCCUCGGUGCAUGGUGAUCGCACACCCAGUAGCGUCACCAGCCACCCCGAUCACAUGGACGAGAUUCAUGAGCAUUUGAUGGCGGUUCUGCGCGAUUUGGACCACGUCGUCAGUGAGUUCUCCAGUCUGAUCGCCGAGACCAAGCAUCGCCGUCGCCCGGCCGGUCGGUCUUUGCAAUCACGGCAUAGCUUUGAAUCCGAUGUGUCGCAAGAGUUUUUCGAUGCUGUGGAUGAUGGCCAUACCUCGCCGCUGCUCACCAUUCAAGGUGAUAACAACAGCGAAGAUGAAGACUCCCGUGGCGACAAAGCCAAUGGUACCGCCGUCUCCUCGACACGCGCAAAGGAGGACGCCGUCGCAGACGAUGCGCCCUCGGAUAGUGACGAUGAUGAGACGAUUCCGGAAGAGACAAGCGACGGCCAGUCUUCGCCGCUCUUCCCCGUGCGGCCCAAGUCGCUGACCCCCUUACCUCUCAAACCGGUGCCGCGGCGCGAGAACAUUACUGCCCCAACGGUGAUGCCACCGAGUCUGAUCGGAUUCCUACGCAAAAAUGUCGGCAAAGAUCUGUCCCAGAUCUCUAUGCCUGUUUCAUCUAAUGAACCUCUUUCUUUGCUACAACGUGCGGCUGAGCUCCUUGAAUACUCCACGCUGCUUGACAAAGCUGCCAAGGUCUCUGAUCCAGUGGAACGACUCGCAUACGUAACUGCAUUUGCACUGUCACCGCUGUCAAGCAAUCGCGUCCGCGAGCGCGCCAUUCGCAAGCCCUUUAACCCUAUGCUUGGCGAGACCUACGAAUUGGUCCGAGAGGAUUUAGGGUUCCGAUUUAUCGCGGAGAAGGUCUCUCACCGACCCGUUCAAUUGGCGUAUCAAGCCGAUGGCUCGGAAUGGAGCCUAACGCAGUCCCCCAUGCCCACGCAGAAGUUCUGGGGAAAGUCCGCCGAGAUCGUGACGGAGGGUCGUAUACGGCUCACGCUCCAUGCUACUGGGGAACACUACAGCUGGUCUUCGGCAACCUCGUUCCUGCGCAACAUCAUUGCUGGCGAGAAGUACGUCGAGCCUGUCGGCGAGACCACCGUCGUGAACGAAACGACGGGUCACAAGACGGUAUCGACCUUCAAAGCCGGUGGUAUGUUCUCUGGUCGCAGUGAAGAGGUUAUCACCAAGACUGUCGAUGCUGGCGGUCGUGAUCUCGGCCUCGGAUUAACAGGCACUUGGACGACCUCCCUUCAACUCACGAAGAAUGGGUCACCGACGGGGACCACCCUUUGGAACGCAGGCUCUCUUGUCCCCAAUGCCCCUAAGCACUAUGGCCUGACGGCAUUUGCGGCAACCCUCAAUGAAGUCACCCCAAUCGAGGCUGAUCAGCUUCCGGCGACGGAUUCGCGACUGCGACCGGACCAGCGCGCCCUCGAGGAUGGCGAUGUCGACCGUGCCGAGGAGCUGAAGGUUCAGCUCGAGGAAGGGCAACGCGCCCGUCGUCGUGCGAUGGAGUCCGCCGGCGAGCAGUGGACGCCACGCUGGUUUGCCCAGGUGGACCAUGCGGCCGAGGGCGGCGAGCUUGCCUGGCGAUUGAAAUCUGGCAAGGAUGGCUACUGGGAAGAGAGGGCCAAAGGAGCCUGGACAGGCGUUGUGCCUGUUUUUAAGGCUUAA